CAAAUGAGUAACUUAAAUAUCGGGACCCAUCAUGCACUCUGAAACUGUUAGUCUGGUCUGGGUUACACGAAGCCCACCGAAUUUGAACCCGAAAACAUUAGCUUAGCUCAUGUUAGCUUAGCGGGCCAAUCAUUAACCUGCUGUCUGUCAAAUCUAUCCAUUUAACACAAUAAUCCACAAAAACAUGGGGAAGUUAGCUGCUUUUAUACCCGUUUUAACUCUUUUGUGUGCUUCAUGGCAACGUGCAGGGGGAAACAAAGGAUAUUCAUACGCAGAUUGCACCUAUGUGAAAGGAGACAGUGCCCACGAGUAUUCUGGGAGUCAAUGCUUCUGUUACAGCCCUGGUACAGAAAUCGAAUGGAAGGACUUCUGGUCCACCUUCAAGGUAAAUGUGACAAGUGAUGAGGACAUCUUUGUCGUGUUUCCGAUGGAGACCAGAAAUUGCCAUCAUCCGGAUGAUCUUCUCACAGUUACUAACUGCUUUGUUGAACACUACUGGCCAUCCACUAUCCAAAGGGAGAAGUCUUUGGACAUUCCUCUGGUUGAUGAAGAUGUCUGCUUCAUGACCAAAUCGCCUAGAAGCAAUACUAAGUAUACACUACACGUCUCCAACAAAAGGUUAAAUAGAAUGUGCUUUCUGCUUUUUAUGUGUGGGCUGGUGCUGUUUUUCGGAGCGGGAAACAUAUGCAGGAGCUCACUGUUUUUCUACACCACCGGAGUUACAUUGGGAGUCGUCGGCACAUUUGUUUUCCUGACGCUUGUUCUCAGAAACUUCGUACCAACGCGAGGGCUGUUCCUGGUGUUGUUGGGCGCUGGCUCUGGUCUGUCCUACAUGGGGAUCCAGAGGGUGAUAAAUGAAUGGGAUGACGUCGUGACUGAGCACUGGAUGGAAUUACUGGUUUAUGUGCUCAUAUCGGGGUUAGUUAGCUUUGCUGUAUGCUAUAAACACGGCCCCAUCACCAACAAAUACACCCUCAACUUUAUGACCUGGGCUAUGCAAGUAGUGAGCAUGGUUUUGCUGUACUAUGGGAUCACUAUCCCCCCUGCCUACUACGUACUGAUCAUGUUACUGUUGUGCUGGAAGAUUCUGCCCUUGGCCUGGAGCCUUCUGAUGUGGAUUUGCAGUCUCUUUUACUCAUUCCUGGGCUUGUUCCGGAGGAAGAAACGGCCCAAGGUCAGGCUACUGACUGAGGAGGAGUACAGAGAGCAGGGAGAGAUCCACACCAGAGCCUCCCUGGAAGAAUUACAGGAGCACUGUAACAAGUCUGGCUUUCCUGCAUGGGACACUGUGUUGAGGCUCAGAUCGCCGCAAAAGUUUGCAGAGUUUCUGCGCAAUGGCAGUCACGUCACUCAAGAGGAGCUUCAGAAUCAUGAGAAUCAGUACGGGCUUGGUGGGGAAUAUUACGAAAACGUGCUCUUCAACAGCAGCUCCAGUGACACCCAGUCGCACAGAGGAGAAGCAGAGGACAAUAGCGAAGAUGAGCUGGAUAGUAACAGUCCUCCAACCCUAAAUAACGUCCCCAGUCCUGCUGUAUAUACUGUAUAUACUCCAGCUGUCUGCCCGUAUCCCCCUGUCACCUACGCCCCUCAGCCAGAACCCAUGGAUCCAGAAGACCAGGACUUCUUUUAAAAUUGUCCUGUUGUCAAUUUUGUCAUGUUCAUUUUAAAAAGACUUUUUGAAACGCUAAACAUUUUUAGGAAGGAAUGACUCGAAGGAACAUUAGUAGGUCCAUAAGGAUUGUAAAAAUAAUAUUUCUUUCUCAUUUGCGUUUAAAUGAUCUCUUUCAGACAGAGUGGGCUGCUACUAUUAUAUAUUUUUUUUAGCAGGAGUUUGUAUUCUCGUACCCAAGUGAUGCAGAGCUGGGAAUAACACUUUUUUUGUACAUACUGUAUGUUAAUAGUGUGUGUGAAUAGAUAGUGACUGUGCUGCUCUCAGGUAUAUCAGAUCAUCAGGACAUCAUUGCAGUUUGCUAAUACAUUUGCCUCAACUGCUCAAGACAAUGACUCCACAUACAGUCCCACAGCAUUUAUGUAAUUGAAGGAAACAGUGCACUCUAGUGUUGGUUAAAGGAACAGUUCACUUAUAAGUGCAAAUUGUGUCUGGUUUACAUCACGCUCAUCUUAAUCCAAACCUCUGUCUUCCUUGGAACACAUAGAGGAAGUUUAGCAGGAUCUCCAAAUUGCUCUUUAUCAUAUAGUAAAACUAAACGAGGACAUACGGUUUCCAAAAGAUUCAAAACUGCACAUCAAAGCAUCUUCAUGACUUGUGCGUUCUAUUCCACGUCUUCUGACGUCAUAUGAUAGCUAUGUUCAUAUAAUAGCAGAACGUAUUAUUAUUGAAUAACAACUUAAAUUUAAAUUCAUUCAUCACAUAAAGCCAUCCUAGUGGCUGUUCAAACAAAAUCGUGCGUAAACGCAGAAGCAUUGAAAUAUAACUUUUGUGAGCUCCAAAAAUUACAAAAAAGGACCAUAAACAUAGUCCAUAUGUUGCACUAUAUUCCAAGUCUUCUAAAGCCAUAAGGGCAUUGGAAUGAAAAAAAAAAAAAAAUCAACGGCGAGAAAAGCUAACUUAAUAGUCAAACACUACGGCUAGCACAUAUUUACAUUUUUUUUUUUAAAUAGUGGCGUGCAAGAACGAGCUUUUUGCUAUCUCCCAAGAACCCGUUUUUGCUGGCAAAAUGUUUGUAUUCGCCCGAGAAACUCUGUUUUCGGAAGUAUGCAAAGGUUUUGAGAGGCAGCACAUUAGUUUUGUGAACGACUAAAGAUUUUCUCAGGGGAUCACAAAACUUGCGAGAGAAUGCUAAAGCACUUAAUGUUUUUUUUCCCUUCCACUUGAUAUUUUUUAAUCACCAAGUUUCUUUAAUGCUUGGGUGUCCAGUCCUGGUCUUGGAGGGCCGACAUCCUGCAGAUUUUAUUUCCAACUUUUACCUACCUGGAAGAUUCUAGUAAUCCUUAAGACCUUGAUUACUUUAGUUCAGGUGUGUUUAAUUGAGGUUGAAGCCAAAAUCAGCAGGACUGGACGUCCCUGCUUUAGAGGCUCUGUAGAAUUUUCAUGUUAGUGUGAACCAUCCCUUCAAAAUGAAUCAACUCAUCGUCUUAUGUUCUGCAUCAUCAGACUACAU